AUGGACAAGUUUCGGAUGAUCUUCCAGUUCCUCCAGUCCAACCAAGAGUCCUUCAUGAGUGGUAUCUGUGGGAUCAUGGCCCUUGCCAGCGCCCAGAUGUACUCAGCCUUCGAUUUCAACUGCCCCUGCCUGCCACGCUAUAACCUGGCCUAUGGGCUGGGCAUCCUCCUGGUGCCCCCCCUCAUCUUGUUUCUGCUCGGCUUCGUGCUGAACAACAAUGUCUCCAUGCUGGCAGAGGAGUGGAGGCGACCCCAGGGCCAGCGAGGGAAGGACCCGGCGGUCUUGCGCUACAUGUUCUGCUCCAUGGCGCAGAGGGCCAUGAUCGCCCCUGUGGUUUGGGUCUCAGUGACACUGCUGGACGGCAAGUGCAUCAUCUGUGCUUUCUGCACCGCAGUGCCUGUGGAGACCCUGGGCAAUGCCAGCCAUCCCAGCCUCUCCCAAGGGGAGAUGGAGCGAAUCCUCGCCCGCAUCCCCUGCAAAGAGAUCUAUGAUGGACAGGAGCUCAUCACAAAUGAAGUGGCCACCAGGUACCUGCGCUGCAUCUCACAGGCUCUGGGCUGGUGCUUUGUGCUGCUGAUGACCAUGCUGGCUUUUUUGGUCAGAUCCCUCCGGCCCUGCUUCACCCAAGCUGCCUUCCUGAAGAGCAGAUACUGGUCCCACUACAUUGACAUCGAACGCAAGCUGUUUGACGAGACCUGCACGGAGCACGCCAGGAGCUUCGCCAAGGUCUGCAUCCAACAAUUCUUCGAAGCCAUGAGCACGGACCUGGCAGCUGCUCACUGUCACCAGCCCAGGGAAGCCUCUACAGAUGCAGGGGAAACCACCAGAAAGCUCUUGGGCAUCACUGACCAGGGCACCAUGAACUUGGCCCUGAAGAGCUGGCACCGAUGCAAGCCUCCGCUGCACCUCCAUGCGCCCACCCUCCCCAGCCACAACAGCUGGGCAGGCGAAGGGCAGCCCCCUGUGCACCCCCUCGUGCCCCGAAAGGAGGUAGCUGCCUACUACAGCCGAGUGUGA